AUGGCAACUACAACGAGAGGAAUUCAACGAGGAGGAUUCAAUGGAGGUGGUGAUGGAGCUUAUUAUGACUCAAGAAAUUUUUAUGGUGCAGGAGGUGGUGGAGCCAGUGAUAUUCGCCUCGAAAAUGACUCACCUUACCACCGCAUUAUAGUUGCGGGCGGUGGAGGGGGGUCAGGAUAUGGAUAUACAGCUACUUCUAGUUCUCCUUAUGCUCACAAUGCAGGAGGAUCAGGUGGUGGAGAAACAGGUGGAGAUGGAACACAAAAUCAUUCAUAUCGAGAUUAUGCAGCUUAUGGCGGAACUCAAUUAGGUAUAGGUGCAGCAAAAAAUUAUGAUUUUCGAAAGGCAGCAUCUUUUGGAUUCGGAGGAAAGAAUCGUUGCUCUGGCUGUGACCCUUAUAAUUCAGGAGGUGGUGCAGGAUGGUAUGGGGGAGAUGCUUCGGGAUACUAUGGUUUUGGCGCUGCAGGAGGUUCAGGAUAUGUUUUUUCUAUUUACUCUUUUGUUGUUGAUGGUUAUAAUUAUAAAAGAGAAUAUUAUCUAAGAAAACCAUCAAUGAAAAGUGGAGUUAAAUAUGGAGAUGGCGCAAUCAGAAUAACACUUCUAGACUAUGCAGAAGUCGAGAAUAUAAAAAUUCAAGGCUGUGGCUCCCAAGGCAUCACUUUUGCUCAAAUUGCUUCAUUCAUUACACUACCUACUGUUUCAUAA